CAGCCUAAGUUACCAUGUGCAGCAUAAACGUUUUGAAAAUAUGAUUUAUAAAUCGGUUUUAUGCGCUUUGUGCUUAUGGCUUGCACGUGGUGUGUUUGGUGCUGAUGCAGAUGAAGUGAAGUCAGUGUCAGUGAUGGAGGGAGAUUCUGUCACUCUACACACUGAUCUCACUCACAUACAGACAGAUAUACAGAUACUCUGGACUUUUAAACUAAACACUCGUUUGGCUGAAAUCAUUAAAAGGGAACAGAUGAACAUUUUUUUUGUUAGUAAGGAUGUGAUAUUCAGAGAUCAUCUACAGAUGAACAAUCAGACUGGAUCUCUAACCAUCACAAACAUCAAAACUGAACACUCUGGACUUUAUCAACUACAGAUCAUCAGUGACAAGAUCUCAUUCACAAGUUUUACUGUUAUUGUCCAUGGUGUGUUUGGUGUUGGUUCAGAUGAAGUGAAGUCAGUGUCAGUGAUGGAGGCAGAUAAUGUCACUCUACACACUGAUCUUACUAACAUACAGACAGAUGAUCAGAUACUGUGGCAGUGUGUUAAUCGAGGGACUCGUAUAGCGCAAAUAUAUAAGAAACAUAUGGACAUGUUUGACAGUAAAGUGUUAUUUGGAGACAGACUGAAACUGGACAGUCAGACUGGAUCUCUCACCAUCACAAAAAUCAGAAUCACAGACACUGGACUCUAUAAACUACAGAUCAUCAGUGACACAGGAAAUUCAUACAAGAGAUUCAAUGUAACUGUCAGUGUCUAUUCUCGUCUGCCUGUUCCUGUCAUCUCCAGAGACUCUUCUCAAUGUUCUUCACCAUCAGAAAGAUCUUCAGUGUCAAAAUGUGUGUUGUUGUGUUCAGUGAUGAAUGUGACACAUGUGAGUCUCUCCUGGUACAAAGGAAACAGUUUAUUGUCCAGCAUCAGUGUGUCUGAUCUCAACAUCAGACUCUCUAUACCUCUGGAGGUGGAAUAUCAGGAUACAAACACAUACAGAUGUGUCAUCAACAAUCCCAUCACAAACCACACACAACAUCUAGACAUCAACAAUGUCUAUGAGGCAUGUUCAGGACUCAUGAUGAAGCAACACUGGGUGGGAAUCACAGUAUUUAUUGUAAUGCUGGUUAUGGCGACUGCAGCUUUGGGUGUAUUGUGGUUUCUCUACUACAGGAAAACUAGACAUGUGGUUCAGACUCAUGAUGAGGCAGAUACAACAUUAAGUGCACGCCAAAAUGAGAUUUCGAAAGUUGAUGAACACACAGUGUAUUCAAGUGUUGCUCUGAGUUGACGUCCUCCUCAUAUCAUCUGUGCGUCUUCAUUAUGAACCAGACAUUUAUGUUGUACAUAUUUAUGUUAUGAUAUUUAUGUUGUACAUUUUUGUAUGUUAUGAUGUUUGUAUUUAUUUAUUUUGUAAUUAAUAUAUACUGUAAUGUUGGAUUUCUAUAAAUAACUGAUCCACAAAUAUUUUAUUGUGUCAUACCCCACAUGCACAACAUGUGACGGUUUUAUGGGAUUUUGGAGUUGGAUAGCUUCUUCCGCCACAUUUAACUUUCUUUUAAUCUAGAUCUUUUGACUUUUUAGUGGUCUUCGUAAAGUAAUGUAAAUGGUUUUUGAUGACACAAGUGAAAAAUAUAUAUAUAUUUUGAUUGGACUUUAA